AAGUUAGAGAGACUCGAGCUUGGUCUAGCACGAGCACGGGCUGCAAUAAGGGAAGUUUUAAGGAAUCAAAGCCAAAAAUUUGAUUUAGUGGAUAGUGAUUACAUGCCACAAGGUCCAGUGUACAGAAAUGCGCGUGCAUUUUAUCAGAGCUAUCGGGAAAUGGAGAAGUUAUUUAAGGUCUACGUAUAUGAAGAAGGCGAACCACCACUAUUCCAUGAUGGCCCUUGUCGAAGCAUAUAUUCCACGGAAGGAAGGUUUAUUAAUAAUAUGGAAAUGGAAAACCAGUUUCGAACAAGAGAUCCUGACUUAGCUCAUGUUCACUUUCUACCUUUCAGUGUUGUGAAGAUGGUUAAAUUCAUUUAUCAGCCUCAAUCCUUCAACAGUACUGCUGCCUUAAAAAGAACAAUUGUCGACUAUGUACACACUAUCUCUAGAAAAUAUCCUCACUGGAAUAGAAGCCUUGGUGCCGAUCAUUUCAUGCUUUCCUGCCAUGAUUGGGGGCCGGACUUAUCCCAUGCAAUUUCUCAUCUUUACUCAAACUCGAUUCGUGUACUUUGCAAUGCCAACACGUCGGAAGGAUUCCACCCUUCCAAAGAUGUGUCCUUACCAGAAAUCAAUCUCAUAACUGGUCUCAACAAAGGAAUCAUCGGCGGACCAUCACCUUCCCGCCGACCAACACUUGCCUUUUUUGCUGGUGGCUUACAUGGGCCCAUCCGGCCAAUACUUCUGAAUCAUUGGAAAGACAAAGAUGAAUCUAUGCAAAUACACGAGUAUCUACCAAAAGGCAUAUCAUACUAUGAAGAGAUGAAGCGAAGCAAGUUUUGCAUAUGCCCGAGUGGCUACGAAGUAGCGAGCCCAAGAAUUGUCGAAGCCAUAUAUCUUGAAUGUGUACCGGUGAUCAUUUGUGAUCACUAUGUGUUACCAUUCAGUGACAUGCUGAAUUGGAAGGCAUUCUCUGUUAGUGUAACUCUGGAGGACAUACCCAAAUUGAAGGACAUCCUUAUGAGUAUAUCUUCAAGACAGUACAUAAGGAUGCAGAGGAGGGUGAAGUUUGUGCAAAGGCACUUUGUCAUGAACACUCCUCCAAAGAGGUUUGAUGUUUACCAUAUGAUCCUGCAUUCUAUUUGGCUUAGGAGACUUAACAUUAGGGUGCACCCCCAAGAUUGA